AAAGAGCCCCGACGUUCAAUCGUAUGUCCAUCCAGAAUCUGAACACAUUCGACCCAUUCGCCGAUGCUAUCAAAAGCUCGGAAGACGACGUUCAAGAUGGUCUAGUCCACGUCCGAAUCCAGCAGCGGAACGGGCGUAAGACGCUGACAACGGUGCAGGGCCUGUCGUCGGAAUAUGACCUGAAGAAGAUUGUGCGGGCAUGCAAGAAGGAGUUCGCGUGCAACGGAACCGUCGUGGAGCACCCGGAGUACGGCGAGGUGCUGCAGCUUCAGGGCGACCAGCGCGAGAACAUUUGCCAGUGGCUGACUAAGUCGGGCCUCGUCAAGCCCGAGCAGCUCAAGGUGCACGGCUUCUGAGCCCGCGCUCGUACACACGUAACAUGUUCACCGUUCAUAGUCUUCUUAUAUUAUGAGAGCGUGCGCGUUAUUGUAAAACCCUAUCGAAUAUGUAUUUAGAAAGCACAGACGUUUACAGAGAAGAGAUUACACGGCCGCAGUGGCCAACCGCACCCUGUGCCUUGCGACUCCCAUGUAAAAAGUUUAAUAUUAUAUAUAUUAUCGACGCCGUCUCACGUCCUUAGUUGCAAUUAAACUGAACGAAAUAGUAAUAAUCGCUUUUUGUUUUUUACGACAUUGUAUUUUUAAAUUGCUGUAAUGAUUCAAUUAAUAAUAAAACGAUUACACAUGUUUUUAUACUA